UUUUCCGAAUUUGGGGUAAGUGCGGAUGAGGUGAAUGGGUCAAAUUGCCAAGCGGAGGGCGCAGACGGCCAAUGGGAGGAGCGAUUCGGAGGGAGGACGCAACUGGGCAUAGCCACCGCCACUACGUCAACGAGCGAUUUGUCUGACAGAUGUGGAUAG